AUGGUGAGGUGCCAGGUUCUUGCGUCCUACGUCCCGGGCUCGUGGGCGGGCGCCAGCGCCUCCGUGCCGUCGACGCCGCCCGCCCUGCUGAGCACCUCCCAGCCGCCGACCCCGCCCGAAGUCCUUGGGAGAGCUCGGACAGCUCCGGGGACUCCGCCUGCGGCCCUUGCGAGAGCCGCCGCGCCGUCGACCCCACUGGACCUCGCGCCGCGGACCUCGCGCGAUGCCCUCGUGGGGGCGGGCGCCGCGGGAGUCUCCGCGCCGCGGUCCGAUGGCGCUUCCAGCUCCGACGACUCCGACGAGAGCCCGACAGACAGCCUGUUUCGGCACCCGCCGUCGGACGGCAGCUCGGAGGUGGCUCCAGAAGCGGCGGCCCUCUUCGUGCCCGACUCCCCUCCGCCGAGCGCUGGCAGCGCGCCGGAGGCGUCCGGCGCUGCGUCGAGCAGCGCGCCCGUGGCGCCGCAGGAGCGCCGGGACCGCCUGGACGCGGAGAUUGCCGUGUCGAAUCUGUUCGUCGCCGCGGAAGAGGCCCACCACCGCCUGGACCGGGAGCGACUCCGCCGCCCAUCCCCAGGCGGCGACGGCGACGGAGAGGAGCAAACGGACCGACUUCGCCGCAACCCACCGGCGGGGAUCUCGUCACCGACGCCCCUUGGCCUGGGAGACCCCCUGCAGGGCCGCGUGGGGCGCGGGGCCCCGGAGGGCGCGCCGCGCUGCGCGCCUGCGGCGACGCGGGCCGCCGCGGGCGCGGCUGAGCUGGGCGCCGACGGGCUGUGUGUCGUGUGCAUGGAGAUGUCCGCGGACUACUUGCCCGUGUCCUGCAUGCACAUGUGCUGCUGCCAGGGCUGCGCCAUGGAGAUCCAGCGGCAGGACAACCGGUGCCCCAUAUGCCGCUUUCACGUUGAGGAGUGGAAGCGGGUCUACUUGCCCAGCCGCGCCGCCGAGGGCGGCGGCCCAGCCGGGAAGGGCAGGGGCGAGAAGGAGAAAAAGGACAAGAAAGGGAAGAAACGUAGACAUGAUAAAGAAGACAUUGAGGGCAGUCAUAGAAAGAGAAGAAGGGAGAAACGCUCGGAAGAAGAGAAGGACAGCAACGGUGCGGAUCGCGAGAGGAAGCGUAAGAAACACAAGAAGAUGAAGAAGGGCCAGGGCGAGGCGGAGGGCGACGCCUGGCUCGACGCCGCGGGCAGGAGCAGGCAGAAGGUGGCCAAGCUGGAGGCGGAGAUGCAGCUCCGCGUGGCCGACAUGUGCCCUGAGGACUGCGCCGCCGCGCUGCGGCAGUACUGCGAGCAGAUAUCUGAGUGGCUGAACCCCGACAGCCUCCCGCCCGGGUUCUUGCCCUCUCACCUGAGGGAGCUGAAGGCACAACUGGUCGAGGAGCUCCGCCAGCUAGGCGCCGCCGCGGCGCAGGCUCCCGUCGCUGCCGCAGCGGCGCGGGCUCCGGCAGGGCGGGCGGUGCCGUCCGCGGCGGCGGGCGCGGGCGACCUGCGGCCAGGGGGGCGCGUCAGGCUGGAGGGCGUCCAGUGCAGGCCAGAGCUCAACGGCCUGGAGGGCACGCUGGUCAGCUUCCUCGGGGAGGAGGGCCGCUGGCGGGUGCAGCUCGACGGCGAGGCCGAGCGCAGCCGGCUCUUCCUUGCCGCAAACCUCGCCCCGGUCGUCGGCGCUCCCCCGGGGGCGGAGCGACGCGCCGCUCCCGAGGGCGGGGCGGCGUCGCCCGCGGCGGCGGUGGCGGCCUCUGCCGCUCGAGCGCCCUCCGUCGGGGCGUCCAGCGCGGCCUCGCCCGCCGCCAGGUCGGCGGCUGGCCUCGGCGGGGCGGGCGGCGUGGUGGAGGAGGGGUACCAGGAGGGGGGCGCAGCGCUGGAGGCGCUGCCUCGGGAGUGCUCGCUGUGCCGCAGCGCGCUGGAGGGGCCGAGGUUUUCGGCUCCGAAGCAGACGCUCACCACGCGGUGCACUGGCGUGCCGCGCCACGUGUUCGACUGGUGGGGUGGCAAUUGGGUGAAGGACCGUGGCGGCCCCGCCCUUCUGAGGGGCAGGGGGUGA